AUGGCUUUUGCUCCCCCGGCGCCCAUCUUUCGUCAGCGUUUUGGAAACCAGUCGCUGCGCUCGCAGAGACCUUCCCCUCGCAGGGCUUACCCGGAGUCUCGCUGUGACAGCCCCACCGUGGAGGAAGAAGCCGCUGCGACAACGGUGCCAGCGGCCGGAAGCCUGGUAUGCGAACCGUUUGCACGUCGUAAAAACCAUAAUAAAGACAUGGUUGACUUUGGGAAAUGGCCGUUGUUUGCUUUGCUCUCAGCCCAAGAGUUGUCCUCCGUCCGACAGGCAUGUGUCUUUGGCAUAUCUGCUAAUGAAGCCAUAUAUACCACUCAUAAUAACGAGGUCUUUGCAUUUGGACUGAAUUGUAGCAACUGUCUAGGAACUGGAGACAACCAAAGCACGAUGAUCCCGAGGCGGCUCGAUGCUUUGUGUGGCAGGAAACUUGUUGGCCUUAGUUACGGCAGCGGGCCGCACGUACUUGCCUGCACUGAAGAUGGAGAAGUGUUUGCUUGGGGCCAUAAUGGUUAUAGCCAACUUGGGAAUGGCAAUACAACUCAGGGUACCGCUCCCAUCCAUAUCUGUGUUGAAUUGUUAUCAAAGAAAGUGAUAGAGGUUGCCUGUGGCUCCCAUCAUUCCAUGGCUCUAACAUCUGAAGGAGAGGUGUUUGCAUGGGGAUACAAUAACUGUGGACAGGUUGGGUCGGGUACCACUGCAAACCAAGCAAUUCCUCGAAAAGUAACCAGCCAUUUGCAAAGCAAAAUUGUAACGAGUAUUGCUGUGGGUCAGGCCUGCUCCAUGGCUCUGACAGACAAUGGGCAGGUUUAUGGCUGGGGUUACAAUGGCACCGGUCAGCUGGGAGUGGGAAGCACCGGUAACCAACUUACACCUUGCAAAGUGGUAUUUGUGCAGACGGUGUGCGUGAUACAGGUGGUUUUUGGCUAUGCCCAUACGCUGGCUCUAACUGACCAAGGCUUGCUUUACGCCUGGGGAGCAAACACCCAUGGACAGUUGGGAAUUGGGAAUAAAAGCAAUCAACUAUCUCCUGUAAAGGUCACUACAAAUGAAAGGAUGGUAGAGGUGGCGGCGUGUCAUUCUUCUCACACAUCCGCUGCCAAGUCACAGAAUGGACAGGUUUAUAUGUGGGGUCUGUGUCGGGGUCAAGCUGUUCUGGCUCCGAGCCUCACACAUUUCAUCUGCACAGACGAUGUAUUUGCCUGUUUCUCUAGCCCACCGGUAACGUGGAGGGUUCUCUCUGUAGAACACGAAGACUACUUAACCGUUGCGGAGUCGAUGAAGAGAGAAUUUGACAGCGAGGAAACGUCAGACUUGAAAUUUCGAGUAGAAGGGAAGGAUAUUCACGUUCACAAAGCAGUGCUGAAGAUCAGGUGUGAGCAUUUCCGUACAAUGUUUUCAUCGCACUGGAAUGAAAACAAUAAGGAAGUGAUAGAAAUCGACCAGUUUUCCUACCCGGUAUACAGAGCCUUCCUGCAGUACUUGUACACAGAUGUUGUGGACCUGCCACCAGAAGAUGCUAUAGGACUCCUGGAUCUUGCCACAUCUUACUGUGAAACUAGAUUAAAGAAGCUCUGUCAGCAUAUUAUCAAAAGGGGGAUAACCGUUGACAAUGCAUUCCUGUUGCUCUCUGCUGCAGUUCGGUAUGAGGCAGAGGAAUUAGAAGAAUUCUGCUUCAAGUUUUGUGUCAAUCAUUUGACCGGCGUUACACAGACUCAGUCAUUCUGGCAAAUGGAUGGGAUACUGCUCAAGGACUUUAUAGUGAAAGCCGGUAGAAGUGGGGGUUUUAAGAACUGACGCAUUCCUUUUUGGACUCUUCUUUCUGAUUCACCACUGAGCUCCAUACUGCAACAGAGGGGGAGAAAUGUUUUGCACUGCCAGACCAUCCAUAUGUUCAUCCCCGCAUCGAUGUAUGGGAAAUGUGAAGCACUUAAUAUACCGAAUGUGAAAUCAUGUUGUGAUUGUGUGUAACAGUGGACCAAUGUAUAGGUCUGUCUAAAAUUGAGUUCUGCGUCAGCCGUGAACUGAGCAGUUCAGAGAAUAAAAAAAAAAAAACAGUAUUGAUCUAUUUUCUGUCUAACUUUGUAUGUAAUGUGGAAAAUCUAAUUUGCCAGUUUUAUAUGUAGUUUCAUGUUAGCAAUAUUUUUUAUGUAAAUUGUUUAAAGGUCUUGCCAACUUUUCCAUGGGCCACUAACAUUCCAUGCAUAUGUAAAUCUGUGGCGGUGCCUUAGCGCUGGUGUCAACCAGGCAAAGACAUUCCAUACUAUAAUAGUCUUUAAGGCCCAGCGUUUAUAACUGCAUGCACCGUCUGCUGGUUGUGAAGUGGUUAAAUUAGAGGCUAACUUUGCAGGAGCCUUCCAUGUGCGGCACCCAAAUGUAACUUUGUGAUAAGACCUCCCAACUCACCUGUGCCAAAGUCACAAAGGUAAAGUUGUGCUUUAGUAGAUCAUGCUCCUGAAUAGUGCACCUGCAUAAAUUGAAGUACUGCUGGGCAGAGACUUUAUUUUUAUAAACUUAUUUUAACUAUUGUUGGCUUUUCCUGUCUUUUUCCCCGUGUCUUAAUGUGUCUUUGGCCAUUGGAAGUGUGUGUGAGAAGAUGCUGCUGUAGCUCCGGAUCACCACACACAGGCUCUCGUUGGUUUAAGUUUCCAGCCAACUAGUAAACUAAAAUCAGAGAAACUGGUCCUUUGUCCAAAAAACAGUUGUACAGUUUUGAAUAUUUACAUUUUUCUGCUGCAUGGAAUGGAUGAUUUUGAUACUGGAGUAAAACGGUGGCUUACAACCACUCGUUAUUCUCCCAGUGGUAGAAUAUUCAUGCCCGCAGGCAUUGCAGUAACUGUUUCCUUUGCAUGUAAAUAAAGUGCAUAUUUUUAUAAUAUUGUGUUUAGAUCGGAACGUGCAGCUCUGUCUAUUUUAUUUUUGUAUUACAUUUAACAUCUCAUUAAACUAAAAUAUACAA